AUGGCUUACUGCACCUCCAGUAUCCUUAUGACUGUCACCAACAAGAUGGUUCUUUCCCAGUUCGACUUUAACAUGAACUUUUUGCUGCUCUCCAUCCAGGCGGCAGCGGCGGUGAUAAUGCUCUGGGUCUUCAAGAGGUUUGGCCUGAUCACAUACCGCAGACUGGAUCCCACUGAGGCCAAGAAGUGGUUCCCUAUCUCCCUCGGCCUUGUCGCCAUGAUCUACACCGGAAGCAAAAGUUUACAAUUCCUGAGCAUCUCAGUAUAUACGAUCUUCAAGAACUUGACCAUUAUCCUCAUUGCCUACGGUGAAGUUCUUUGGUUCGGAAGCAAGGUCACCCCAAUGAUGCUUCUCAGCUUUGCUGUCAUGGUCUUAUCGUCGGUGAUUGCUGGCUGGUCCGAUAUUCGUCACCAUACCUUGGCAAGCAGCACCAGCGCACUCUCUUUGGAGCUGUCGUCGUACAACCCGGGGUAUCUCUGGAUGGCAGCCAAUUGUCUCUCUUCGGCAGCGUAUGUCCUCUAUAUGCGCAAGAGGAUUAAGCACUUUAACUUUAAAGACUAUGACACUGUCUACUACAACAACUUGCUGAGUUUCCCAGUCAUGCUUGCUCUGAGCAUGUGUCUUGAGGGCUGGAGAUCAGGAGAACUCCAGCGGACCUUUGCGCCUGAUGUCCGUUCAUCCUUGGUGACUGCGAUUGUUCUCUCUGGAAUCUCGUCCUUCCUGAUCUCGUAUGGUAGUGCUUGGUGUGUCCGCUGCACAUCCUCAACAACAUACUCGAUGGUCGGAGCCCUGAACAAGUUACCCGUCGCAGCCAGUGGAAUCCUGUUCUUUGGUGAACCAGCAACGACAGGAAACGUGUCAGGAAUCUUUUUCGGACUCAUUGCAGGAUUGUUGUACAGCUACAGCAAGACUGAUCAGGCACAGAAGAACCUGGCCCUGGCCAAUGGAUCGUCAUUGUCGAGCAAAGCCGAUUCUGUGGGGCUGUUGGCUACCGCCCCCGGUGGUGGGGACGGGUCUGCGAGUGCUGAUGAUAGUGCUGGGGGGUUGGAAAUGAGCUCGUCGGCGGCUGGGUCUGGGUUUGGCAAGAAGGCGACUGCACUUCCUUUGUACCAGAACACCAAGAUUGCCGACUAG